UUUAGUUAGUUACCGUCUCUCGCCGAUAGAAGUGAGCGUUCCUCUCUAUUUCUCUAUGGUGCGACGGCAUCGAAUCGCGGGUCCGUUUCUGUAGUACACACACAUUUUCCGGAUUUCCUGCGGUUGUUAUUACUACUGCCUGCUGUUGCUACAUCAUCAUUACUGUUAUUAUUGGCAUUGCCUCGCGCGGUGCUGUUAUUAUUAUUGUUUUGGUUGUUAUUCGCGCUUUCGCCGUCUGCUCCUUCGGGCCCAGCUUCUUUUCCACGAAGGAAGGGUAGUGGUGAGUGAGCGAAAGCAAGGCAAGAAGAAGCGCCUGCAAGGUGGUUCAUCUUCGGUUCUUUGCUUGCAUCGUGGUUGUGAUCGUGAUCGAAUGCGGGCGCGAUCUAGUUCGAUAGCAGUGCAAAGUGUGAAUUAUUGGCCCCAAAAAAAAAUUUUUUUAUUGCCACGACCUAGCCUGGUAGUGGUGUGUGAUAGCGCGGCUACAAAUUCCUCCAAGCCGUCGGUGUGUGGGUAGUGUGUGGUGGAUUUUCGGUAAUUGUGCGAGACGCGUUUUUUACUGGCUUGGCGAAUUAUCGCGCGGCUAUGCUGCGGCGGCGGUGGUGUUGCAGUGAAUCAAAAAAAGCCACGACGGGCGUAUUGUGGUAGUGCUGCCACGAAGUAUGUGCGUGAUAAGUGAGAACGGCAUUUUCGUAAGAGCAAAAAAGUAAGAAGCAAAACAGUAACGGAAGAAGAAUAAGUAAGGCGGCGCGGAAUAUUGCGACUAGCAGAUUCUUGAAUCGAAAGAGGUGUAUGUGGUGCGUUUCAAUCGAAGAAAAUCGUGCUGCUGUGGUAGCUGAAUGAAGGAUUUUCAACCGCCCGAACCGAGCAGAUUGCGAUCGUGGUGGUGGCGGCGGUGAUUUUCGAUUCAUCGUCGAAGGAAUUUGAUGACUUUUUGACUGAGAGACAGAGCAAGGGACAGAAAGAGAGGCCAAAAUCCCGACCCGCCUCAGUUGUUAUUCAAUAAAUUUAAUUAAAGUAAACAUCAGAAAGAGCAAGAGGCAAAAGGCGUGAGCGUGCUGUGGUGUUCAGGAAACAAACCAAAAAUUCAAGAAGUAAAAAUUCCAAUCUCGAACGAAGAAUAAAAAAGCAGUAAACUUCCAGGCAGUCUGCAGAGGAGCGAAAAAAAAAGUGAAAGGAAGCAAGUAAGCGAGCAAGCAAGCAGUUGGGAACGGAAUGCAUCGACACAAGAAAGUUGAAAACAAUCGUUUCAGUUUCAAGUUUCCUGCAAGUGGCAUUUCAUAAGGAGCUUGUUGCUGCCGACCGACCGGUGCAUAUGUGCUUGUAAAGGGUAGGAAAAAAGGUUCCAAGAAGAGAAAGAGCAAGUGAUUCAUGAGAGUAUCGAAAAACGCACUUGUUUUUCCUUGCAGAAAGGAAGGAAAUUAAAGAAAAAAAAAAACGUGGAAAAAGUUUACGAAAUUAAAAUCUACCAAAGUGCUUUGCAGAAGAAACAACAGUGUUGUGAACCUUACGAGGCUGGUAGCAGUCUGAAGAGUAAAUCUAUUCGUGUCGUCAACUUUGGGGGGCGUCGAAAGUUGCGUAGCUGCUCUGUGUGGUCUACCGCUCUUUCGGUGAGCCAUUUCGCAAAUCCAAGAAAAAAAAGUGCGUCGUCGGUCGAAUCGGAUCGAAGAGGAAGAGAAAUACAGAAAUCCAAGUUGAUUGCAUAAGUGGAAGCCGAUUGAACGCGACAGGCACCACCAGCUCAUGAUGGUAAAACUGAAGUGAAAUCCAAUUUUAUUACCCGUAAGUAAUCGAGGAAAACGAAGAAAAUUUGAGGCCCUGGUGAAAAGAGCAAAAGUGUGCCCUUGCGCGCCCUCCUUGGAGUCGAAAAUUAGAAGGUAUUUGGGUUUUGUCCAGUCAAAGAAGGUGAAGAAGAAGUUGGUGCGCUGCUGUUACGUGAUCAAAGUUAAUAAAUUGGAAAUUGAAUGGCAGCAGCCUAAUCAAGUGGCAAUAUAGAAGUGGGUUGUAGUGCUCCAUUAUAAACCUAAACCUCAAGGUUUGAAGUUUGCGUGAGUGCAAGUAGUCCCAGCAGAGGCGCAGUGUUGUGUGUUGACAGAAGGAAGAGAUUAAGAAAGGGCGGACACAAUAAUUUGGCAGUAAAAUUCUACCGCCAACGGAGAAGCCGGACUGCAGCAGAAAGUGUGUGUUUCGUCGGUUUCGAACCACCUCUAGUUCGGUUCGACGUGGAAGAGGCCUCACCACGGGGCUGGAUUCUUGAUUGCUCAAUUCCAGAAUUACACCAUCAAAACGUCUCCGGAAAAGCCACCCUCUCGGUCACAAUCAACUAGUUCUCAUGGGCCACCGUGGCGGAAAAUUGCCGCCGCGAUGUCCACACUUACUAGUAACGCAAACAACAACAACAACAACAACAACAAUAAUAACAACAACCUUGUCAUCAACGCAUCCUCACAACUCACAACCAUCAACAACAACAACAACCCGAACGCCAUCAAUAACAACAAUCCGGGUACUCCGACCGCAGCGGUGCAUCAACCCCACCACCACCACCACCACCACCACCACAGCGCACUUGCUUCCGGUGUCAGCAGAUUGUUUGCCCGCAGUAUGUCCUCCUCGUCGAACGGUGGUGGUGGUUCCGGAGGGCUGCCGGCCAAUUCGGGUGGCGCCUCGGCAGCAGGUGGCUCGUCACUUUUGUCGGCGGCUGCCGCUGCUGGAACCAGUGGCUCUCUGUCCAGUGCUAUUCCCGCCGAGUUGAAUGUGGUCCUCCAUGGGUACCAUCGGAAGCUGAAAACCAACAAGAAGAAAUACUUUGUAGUGUACGGCGAUACGCCGGAGAAGAACGCCCGAUUGGAGUACUUUGACAGUGAGAAGAAAUUUAAGCAGUCCUGGCUGAAGAGCAGUUCGGUGCAGGCCAAACGUAGCAUAGUGUUGCGAAGUUGUUUCAACAUUAACAAGCGGCACGACAUCAAGAAGCAUGUGAUUGCGUUGUAUACCAAGGAUGAUUGCUUUUGCAUUGUGUUCGAUAGUGAAGAGGAGCUGAACCGGUGGCUGCGGACGUUGCUGUCGUUGCAGCGUGGCGAGGAAUCGGAGGGCGACCCACCAAGACCUACUUUCGAGCACGUUUGGGAUGUGUUUGUCGAGCGCAAAGGGCUGGGCGAUAGCUACGGAAUCCUGGGCAAGUAUCGCCUCUGCAUCACGGACAAAACGCUCUCGCUGGUACGGAUAGGUCCGCCGACGACCAGCUCCGGCGAUAGUCGCGUCGAGAUGGUCGAGUUUUCGCUGGCAUCGAUUAGAAGAUGCGGCGCCUCCCAGCGGUACUUCUACCUGGAGGUCGGCCGAAGUUCAAAAACUGGCCCCGGCGAGAUAUGGAUGGAGGCACCGGACGCUAUCAUUGCCCACAACAUGCACACAACGAUCAUGAAACCUACCAAAAAUCGAGAAACGGAUAUUCUCGGCCCAAUGCGGAAUCGUUCCUCGUCGGCGAAUGCAGCCUCCAAGCCAACCCAGAUGUUGGUGCGCCGGCAAACGCACACCGGUCAGAAGCCCAUCAAUUGUUCGCCCUCUGGUGUUACAUCCGCAGUGAUAUUCCAUCAGAGAGCUUUAUCAUUACCAAGCGCCACCCCCAUGCUAAGCCAUUCUCCCCAUAGCAAUUCGUCCUCCGCCGCCGUCGCAGCCGCAGCAGCACACCUGGCGAUGCAAAAGUCCUCCCAGAGCAAUCUAGGCAGUAGUAGCAAUUUUAGUAGCAAUCCUAGUUUUAACGGUCUAUCCGGAGGUGGAUUCUUCGGCAAGAAUUCCACCGGCGGAAUUGUGGUCGAUCGUUCGAUCCAACCGGUCCACCACCGUACCCGGUCCCUUCCGCUGACGGAGGAAAGUGCAAUACGUGUCGCAUACAAUGGUAUGCAUCCGCAUCAGCUACCGAGCGGCAAUCGCAAACAUCAGAAAUCGUCCAGCUUAUCGAUUGCAUCGCUCAAAUGCACCUGUCUAUCUGGUGCUGCCGGUGGAACGCUACCGAUCAUUGUCGUUGGCAACAGCAGCAACAGAACAAGUCAUUAUAAUUUAUGCCCCCUGCACGGCAAUGCCGUCCAUGCAGCAUCUCCCUCGUCAGCUAUCUCAUCUGGGUCCACUCAACAGGACUAUGAAAAUAUGAAUAAAUCAUGCUCGUACCUGCCGUCAACGUCUCCUCCGGAUCAGCAGCAUUAUUACAGCAAUCACUUGUUCGAGGCGACUGAUAGCAAUCAUCCUGCAAUCGUGACGCCAUCCCGCAGCUCGAUGGAGAGCAUAAUCGAAGAUCAAAAGUACCUCCCGAUGGAUAUGAAAAAGCCUGCUACCACCACCAAUCACCACCAUCUGCCAUCUGGUGUUUCCCAGGAGGACAAAGAUCCGGCGGGCACUGCAGCACCAAAUCUUCAGUUCAUUAGUCGGCUACUGCGAAGUUCGCACAUUCAAACUGCCAACAAUAGUAAACUGACCGCGCUGAAAAUGGCCACCACCGCAAUCACCGCUGGGGGCAGCAGUAGUAGUUGUAGUAAUAGCACUAGUAGCAAUUUGCACGGUAGCACUACGGGAACCGGAAACGGUACCGGCAGCAACACUCAUUCGUACUGUAGCAAUAGCGGAAGUUCGCUGCCGAAAGGGGGCGGCACUUCCGGUUCCCCACCGGGUACGCUGAGACGCCGCAGCGGUCGUAACAGUGCCAAUUCCAGGCGGAGCGCAGCCGUUGCACGCGAGCGUUGCGACAGUCUUCCAUCGCGGAAUCGAACGACCAGCGAAACCAGCACCCAUCAGCAGCAGUUGAUCAUAAAUAGCGGCGGAAUGCCUCCGCCCAGAACGAUUCCGUCGUCCAGCUUCACCCGGCCGCAGUCGAUGAUCGUUAACCGCCAGAGCCACAGCCAUAGUCCUCCGGUGCAUUCGUCGCCGCUGAGUCCACCGUCGACCGGUGCAUGUUCAACCGGUAGCGAUGGUUCCUCGUUCAGCAUUGACGAACCGGACAGUUUUCUUAGUUCGCACACACCGGAUGAAGGCAAUGGCUUUUCCAAGGUCAUUAAUCAUCUCAGCUCAGGUUGUUCCAUUCCGGAGGAGAAUUCCGAAGAGUACAUCAACAACUACGGGAAGAUCCCUAUGAGGCCACAAAUGCAACAUCGAUCCAUGGAUGAAUUCGGCAGCCACUUAAGGCAUAGUUUUAACUCACUGUCGCUUCCAAUAUCACAGGCGAUCAGAAGGGGCAGCCCGGCGCCACCGUCGAACAUUGUCGGUUCGGUCGAGGGCAGCAGCAACUACAUGGACAUGAGCAGCCCGUGCGGUAGCUCCCCGGGCGAUCCAUCCGGCAACAGUGGCUACAUCCCGAUGUCACCGGGUGCGGACUUUCCACGAGGCUUGUACAGUUCCAGUGCACAUUCGCGCACCUCCAGUCUGGCGGAGGACACCGUCGACGGUUAUGUUCCUAUGUCGGGCCCAGGUCACUCCACCGCGCAAGAAUACGUGGACAUGGAUCCGUCGCAUAAUAGUAGUAAUCGCACGAUCGCGGCAACCAGCAGUCACGCUGCAACGAUCGGCGGUGGUAACGGCAACAUCAGUUCGGCGGCUUCCAGCUGCAGUAUAACGUCGGGAACUCCCUCGACGGAUAUGCGGUUCUCCGAGUACCAUCUGGAGAAGGUGGUGGCCCGGUUUACGCCGAGUGAGGACGACGAAAUGGAUCGACCGAUUCGAACGUACUCAGUGGGAAGCCGGUUGGAGCAUAACAAGAGAAAAUUACGCGUGGACAUGCUCAGCUCGGAGUGUUCCUCAAAUUCGAGAGUUCGUGCGUUUUCCGUUGGCUCGAGAGCUAAGGUCCCGAGAUCGGACGUGUACAAAGGAAGUGGAGCUCCAAUAACGGCACCGUUGCUAUCGGCCGGAAGUUCCGGAAGCAUGCAGGAAACUAGUAGCAACAGUGGAAGCAUCACAAAUUGUAUUAUCGGGCCGGGCACGGACGCGAGAGGAUCAAAUUCGAGCAUGAACGAAGGCAAGACGGGCAAAAAGUCGUCAAGUGCACCGAUGUUGGCUGCGAAGCCACAUGGAUCGUUUGAUCCGAUGGAUGAUCUGAUGGAGAUCGAUUUUACCACACCGUUCCAUGGUGAACCUGAUGUUAGUAGUAGCACACCGCAGAAAUCCAUGGGGAUGGAGGAUUACAUGGAGAUGACAGCGGGUGGUAGCCAGAGUAAUAAGGGGUACGUCGAGAUGAAGCCGGGUCAUCUACCCACGGCGAAUACGAGUACCCUAGAGCAAAGCGACUAUCUGGACAUGAGACCGGGAACGGGAUAUGAACCGAACCUGUCGACGAAAAGCAAAAGCUCUCCGAUUAAAAUUAACUCGCCGAAGAAAUUCAACGGCGGUGGAAAUAAUAACAAUAACUACCUGGAAAUGUCCCCACUGAUGAUGGGAACAUCGUCUUUGUCUUCCUCAUCGGCAACGCACCGUAAAACAAAAGUACCUUCGGAAGAUUACCUGAACAUAAACCCACUGAUGAUGACCAGUGGCGGCGGCGACAGUGGCAACGAAGAUAAAAUGAUAAACGAAGAAGAAGAGGAAGAGGAAGUAGUGGCACCGAGCAGUGCCCCGGAGGUGUACAUGGAAAUGUCCUGGAGUCAACCCAAGUCUAGUCUUAAGCCUGAAAGUUCCAAGCCGGCUUCGGAUGAAUAUAUUAAUAUGGAUUUCACUCGUAAAGAAGUGGGAGGAGGGGCGUCGGGUGGGGCGGACUCGCGCCUCAGUUCGUUGCCCAUCGCUAUCCAAUCGAGCAGUGGCGGGAGCCGAGCAAUGCAAGGGGACCUGAUGGAACCAAAGAUGGGCGGAGCACCGUCUAAUAUUCCAAAUUACCUUCCGUUGAAUCCCGCGGCAAUUCAACAGCGACACUCAGUUUCGGCACAAAUCGGAUUCAGUCCGAAGCAGAACAGUUUGCGAUCGCGGUGUGAUUCGAGGGACAGUGGCAUUGUGACACCCUCCGGCAGUCAAGCAACCAUUUUUCCCUUUAGCCCGGGAAGUCCUAUCAAGUCAUUCCCUAUGGGAGGAGAACCGAGCGCAGAGGAAAGGAAGUGUUUUGUCGAUGGAACCACCGGUACCUUGCGCAUCAGCGAAACCGAUGAGGAUAACAGUGAGGAGUCGAGUGAGUUCCUAGCAGUAAUGGAUCAACAGCAGAGACAACAAACACAAGGCCCGAAAGACGCGGAAAAUAGUAAGCUGGAGGAUCUAAGUCAUAACUAUGCCGAGUUGAGUAUAGGUCAGCAACAGCAGCAGCAGCAUCAACAGCCGAAGACUGAUAAGAGUCGCCCAAGUUCCUUCAGUAGUACCAAAAAAGCGAAUCUAAGUCUGAUUCUCACGACAUCGACGAAUACCAUAACAACACCGACGAUAACUGCGAUGAAGUCUGCUCUUGAAUAUCCGGAUUAUGUCAACUGCAGUCCGGUAACGACUCCGGUGGUACCGAAACCGACCACUCCUAUGACAUUAGAUGAUCAAGCCGGUGAUUAUGCGAUCAUGAAUCCAGCUAGUCUGAGGAAGUUAUCUAGUACUUCCCAAUCGGAACUCUCAACGAGCGAAUGUGGACUUCCACCGUUGACGAGAAAGUCCAACAUGAUAGGUUUUAAGCCGAUAACCUCCAGCCAAGACGAAGCUCUGUUGAAGAAAUCCAGUGGAGUGUCUCCGAAACCGGCUUUCAGUCGACAGUACUCGGAACGACGGGCCGGUCCAUCCGGAAUCGAUUCCUCCGGUUAUGAGAUGCUUCAGCGUGCCUCGUCACGACCGAACAGUGUAAACAGUGAGAAGAUCAGCAACAAAUGUCCUCCAUCGGCAGGUUCGACGCGUCCGAGUUCGGCCAACAGCGAUAGACUUCCCAUCAUAUCAGCUACCUCAUCGUCCGCUUCCUCAACAUCGACGUUGUGCGAGAGCAAAAACCAAAGCCCAACUGCGUCCAGCAUGAUGCUUGCCACAACGACGGCGGCGACUAUCAGUAUCCGACCUGACUCCGUAACCUCGCUGACAGAUCCGCACAUUAUCUCGCGGCCUCCAUCGGUAAGCUCGGAACGCGAACUGCACUAUGCCAGUCUCGAUCUUCCACCCUGCAGCACAAAUCCUCCCCCUUCUGCGGCAGCAGCAGCAGCAGGAGCAGUAACAGGUGCAGUAGUUGUGCCAUCCAGCCGCAUGGAGGUCGAUUCCGAUAAUAGUGUGGCUACAGCAAGCCGCCCUGCGGGACCCGACUCGUUGAACUCCAGCCCUAGUCCCAAUUCCGGAUGUACCUCGCAACAACAGACUGGUUCUGCCUUUACCUAUGCUCAAAUCGAUUUUGUCCGCUCGGUUGCGCAGGCUCAGGCCAUACAGCAGCAACAACAGUCAUCAACCAAAAGCGGCCAACAGCAAAAGUAAGAGAGCACAGACACACUGAAAACUGCCAAUCUGAAACAACAGCAGAGCCCUUCCUUUCAAUCGUAAGUACUAGCGGUUAAGCUGCGCGCGUGAGAUGUAAAUAUAAACCAACCACGCUCGGAUUAGGACAGUGUAGUUCUUUGUUACCGUUUUGUUUUUUGUACCACUACUAAGAGCAAACCGCCAAGAAGGAGAGACACAAACCAGGGCGGACAGUGUAGUGUCCGAGAAGAGAUAAAGUAGUAGAGUGCCGCACCUACCUACCUACCUACCUACUAAGAAUGUCGAAACGAUACUUUUAAUUAGUGUUUAAGCGCAUCGCGUUACGGAUAAGCAAGAGAAGAAAAGUAACAAAAAUAUUCCAAAAAUAGUUUAAUUGCAAAAGAAAAAGCAAGAUCAACAGAACCCCAACAGAUACACAGAUGGAAGGAAAGAAAGUGAAAAUAGUUGAAACCUUGAGAUAUAAGAUGAAAUUUCAAAUGCCAAAAUAAGCUUUACUUGAUUUUCUUGUUUUUUGUUUACUUUCAUCAAACGAUAGAAGGAAACUACACGAUUAUAAUAGAAACUAUUAAGGGAAAACACAUACACACACACAUACAUACACAGAUUGCAGAAACAGGAAAGGAAGCCUAGCCAGUAAGUAAAUUAAUUGAGUGUAUGCAUAAGCUUAGACUAAUGUAGAGACGGAAGGAAGAAACUAUAGAAAACUUUAUUUUUUAUUAAGGAAAUCAACUUUUUAGCCGGUAAGGAUAGAUUUAGACGAAAAAGUAUAACUUAUACAAGUUUAAGCUUAAGAAGAAAUGUAAACAAGUAAAAAAGGCAGAAGAAGAAAAUAUCUAUAUAGAAGUACGUCUAAGUGAAGUAAAACAGAUAAGGUCAAAACCUCUAAACUAUUCAUAUUCAUAUAUACAAAAGUAGAACACACACACAUACACAGACAUACACACAUAAACAUGCACACGUAACGAGAACGGUUUGAAUCAGCAAGAAGAUAGUUUUACUUUUCAAAGUAGCAAACAGAAAAUGAAGAAGAAAAAGCAACCAUAGGAAUCAGCUCUAGGGAUACGUUCAAGUAUAUAUAGAACCGAAAGAUGAUCCUACGCGUGCCAGUCGCAAAACACUCCUCGCGUGUGGAUGUAAUAGAAACCUGUAUUUUAUGUACGUUUAUCAUCUUCGGUGAACAAAGCAAAAUCAUAGUUAAAAUAUACAAUUUUUUUCGUUAGUCACAAUGUUUUAGUUUCAGGAAUUCAAGAGUACACAGAACAACCAACCAGCAUUGUUCAAGUCAACUUAAGUGACAAGCGACAACGACGACGACGAUGACGACCACGACGACGAUUAAGACCAAGACUGUUCUUCAGUGAAAUCAAACCUUCGUUGUUCAAUUAAAUCUUUCGCAAGUUUUGGAGACGAAAAAAAAACAAGAGAAGAGAUCUACCAGCUUUGUAUCUUUUUCGCGUAGCUUAUCAAAAAGAUAUUCAAGCUUAUUCUUUAGUUUGUCAUGUUUCUUUCAUUUUAAAUCGAGUUCGAUUCUCCAGAAGUGAUUGUUUUUUUGUUCUUUUCAUAUGUUUACUAUUAUACUUAUCUACGUUUUGCUCAAUUUAUUGUAAUUUUACUACUGUUCUGUUUAAGUUUAUCUAAUACGUUUUUCAUUUGUUAUGGGCGUUACCUAAUCGUUCCGUUUUGUUUUCUGCAGAAUUUUGAGUGCGAAUCGAAAAUGAAGUUUUCCAAAAUUUUCCAAACUAUUUCAACUAAAAGCGUACCUAGAUCACGUAAAAUCACACAUCUUUAAAAACAAACGGACACAAGAACAGAGGGGUCCUUGUAGUCACAACUUUUAUUGAACAUCAAAAAAUAAUUUUAUUUUAACGCACACCUACAACCCAUGAGCUGCUAACGGUCCUCCUUAUUUCUAGCUAUUCAAUCAUAAAGCCCGGUUUAGAUGAUUCGAUUUGGCGUUCAAUUCUCUUGAACUUCGAAAAGAACAGUCAGAUCGGGGGUUAGUUAAAUCAACUUUAGACCUUAAACGUGUUUUAUUGUAAUUGUAAUUGUUCAGUGCAUAGGCUGUGCCUUCCGCUAAGAAGGCUUAUCUAGGGACCAACCCCCUAGUCUAUACACCUACUGUCCUUCCCGUUGCACUCGUCAGCUCGUGCGAUACUCUAGACACACAUGGGUGGUCGUAUCCGGGUCCUCCCCUGGGUAGGCUCGUGUCCGUCCAGGUUCUGGUACAUUAACUUAUCUAUAUGCAUUGUAAUUAUACUUUUAAAACUCACCUUUUGAUUAUAAUGUCGAAAAUGCUGAAACUAAAUAAAGGUUAGCGAUCCAUAUAAGGUGUGUGCUGCGACGGAGUAGUAAUUGAAGGAAAUGAGGUUCUGAUGUGAAGUAUAGGUAAUUCUAAAAUAGGUAAAUCAAUUAAUCAUUAGCUGCUAACAGUUACUAAUAAAUGGGUACGAUAAAUCACUCAUCAAUGAGUAUUGCCACUCCCACUGAAAAAUUGGCAAAACCUUAAUCAUAAAUGGAUAUUCGAUUCCUACCGUGUAUUUAAAGUAAAGUUAGGAUCUUAUCAAGCAAGCACACACCUUUUACGAUUCUUAUCCUACUUACGGUUUCCUGCACAUACGACUUUUCCUAGAUACAAGCUUCGUCCAGUAUACAUUGGCUGUCUCCUACCGGCAUGAUCCUUUCUGUCUGCUUAAUCUUGCCGGUGCAAGUUUAAUUCUUCUUUUCUUGUUCGAAUUUUCUUUUUCUCCUAUUGAUCUUCUGGUCGUGUUCCCAUUUGUCCUCAGGCAGUUAAUAUUAGUACAUGAUAGGAAGAAAGAAAGAAAUAGAACAAGUUAAGUGUGAGCCGCAUGCAUUGGUUACUUAUUUGGGUCAUGGUGUUGUCUUCCCUAUUUAUUUGCCUCUAUUCGCUCUCAUAUCGCAACGUUUAACUCACCCCCUUCCCUCACACUAUUAUGGAAAAGAAAAGAGAACCCAUAUUUAGUAAUCUAUCGCGAACUGCGAUGCAGAAGAUAUUAAUAGCAAACUAAUCUGGAACUGGUCUAAGACAUAUAACCCAGCGAGUAUUGACACAUCACACUGUUGUGAAUGAGCACGGACGCGAGAUUUACUAGAGUAUUAAAUGCAAAACGCAAAAUCAAAAUAAAACUUGACAAGACAUCGUCAAUCCCCUUAUUCUUGGGCAGGGUCUGACGAUGUGAAUCUGAUUUUGAUCAGUGAACGGGCCCCAUAUGGUACAUUUUCUCACUAUGAACAUGUCAUUUCCAGCCUAUCUGAACUAUUUAAUAAAUGGAAACCAUAACAUGGGUUACGCUUCCCCUAAGCGGGCCCUCCGCAUCCUAUCUCUGUCUUAUCUCAAAUGCCAAUGGUUUGAAUGUAUCAAUAUAUACAUUGGAAAUGACGUUCAAUCAAAUAAACCCAUACCCCACUCACUUGGCCAGGCUUCAGAAUCGUCCAGUGGGCAGUGCGCUCUACACUCCAACUUCCCUUUCUUUCAAAUUCACCCCAAAUUUGAUAUUUUACCCCUUUGAGUGUUGAUUAAUCACAAUGAAACAUUGUGACAGAGCACGGACUUGAGGUUACUAGAGUAUUAAAUAAUCUAGGUCCUAUUUAGGAUUAGAUCUGAAAAAUCCAAAUCUGGCCAACGCCCACCAACUUUAGACCUUAAACGUGUUUUAUAUAUAAUAAAUAAUAUAAAGAUAAUGUUGCUCGCAGUCCUUCGGAUCAAGCAUAGAAAACUAUUUUACAAAGUAUGCUCUCGGCGAUAAGAUAAACCUGCGUCAUAAAGGACCUUAACAUUACCCUUCUUGGCUUUAAGUGUCUUGGCCUGAUCUUUGGGCUUUGAGGAGCUAGGCAGUGUGCUUAUGUAACCAACAAUCCAUCCUGGAAUUCUACCGAUAGCUCUACCAUUUACUACUGGAAUAAUGCUGUCACAUGAACACACUUCCUUAACUGCUGUGCAAUGAUCAUGCUUUGCACACUCAACCCCAAAAAACUCAUCCAAGACAGGACUUAGUUUUUUUGAGCCAUACGAGCUGCAACCAUUGCUUGCACUGCCUGGAUAUCCCGGUCAAUUACAUCGUAUGACCAUUCCUGAGAAACACCACCAGUUGCAAAUUCUGCCAAUUUUCUGAAGAAGUCUUUAGCAUAUGGCUUGUGUGCUGCCACAUACUGCUUAGUAGUCUUAUUGCUAAUAGACUUCUUCAGCUUCUCAUCGGUCAAAGCAACUGUUGCAGUGUAAGCACAAAGUAGUGCUAUGUCCAUCCGGGAAUGUGGCAGGUGUUGGCCACCAGAUUGAGCAGAUGAAUUGAUAGCAAUAAUCAAAUCUGCCUUCUUUUGAUAGACACCUUUGAUUAAUGCAUCAUUGUGCAUGUCAUCGAUUGACUUCCGGGAGAAGAUUGCACCUGCUAGCGGUGUCAGAACAAUGAAACCAGCUUCUACUGCAAUGGGGGUAUAAGUGUUCAGUAUAUGAAUUGCCACCAAUGACACCUGCUUCAUAGUCAAAGUGAUGCCUCUGUUGACUGACACUUUAGGGGCAUCGAGUGGUGCAGCAACACUUUUGAAGGUUGCACAUGUAAUUGUACCACUGAUGUGGUACUUCAACUCAGCCUCAAUAUAAUUGAGUUCCCAAUAGUUGAGUAAGGCAGCAAAUUUGAGGGAAUAAACAUGUUCACCUUUGUUGGCAUUGGUGAUCCUUUUAUCUUCCGGCACACUUUGGUUGAACAAUUCAACAGCAUCAAUGAGCAUGGCAUCAAGCUGAAUUUUGGUAUACAAAUGGUAUGACCGCAUAUUCCAAUGCUUGUCAGAAUCUUGGCCUGCUUUGAUUUGCCUUGUUGAUGGUGCAAUAUGAUAAAUGACCAGUUCCAUCAGGUUCAGUGCUUUGUUGUUGCUGUUGACAGUUGGCUUUUCGAAUAUGCUUGGUAAUAAUUUACCAACUUCAAUCAGUAGGUCCGAAAAAUCAAGUGAUGAUGCACCAGCCCUCUUGAAAACACUUGUGAAUUCAAAAUCGGUGAGCACCGACUACAAAUUACACAACUUACUAGUUUUUCAACGCCUGCAACUCCUCAAUGCCAAUCUACCUUCGGCGGGCGCUUAGCGAGGUCGGUAAUUGAACAGUAAUACACUAAAUGAAAACAUAUCUGCUUUCCGUGGUACAACAGUGGCGAACAAUUAGGUACAAUAAUCAGCACAAAACAUAAUUCGCAACAACAAAAACACAUCUAUCGCGAUGGAGUCUAUACUCUCCUCUUUCCAGGCCAGCUGCUGGGGUAAACAAAACAAAGUAGUGCGAAAGCGAUGGCCGUGUUCAGCUACCUUGAUUAUCGAUCCCCAGCAGCACCUUCGGUGUAGUUCUCUCGUAACUGGGAAUGUCGAUGUCUUCAAGGUGCUUAAACUCCUGGACCAACUUCGCUGAAUCCAGCUUCUGUGCAGGGAGGUUUAACCUGUGCACCGUAUGAGCUUCGAGCAGAUCGUAUCUACUCGACGAGUCUCUGGCAGAUAUCUCAAGCACCACUUUCUUCGACUGAUACUCCGUGCGCUGUACGCCGUUUGUCCAAGUCAUCUGCAGUGGUUCCACUGGUCCAUCGGCACCCAACGUUCUCACCAAUUCACUGUCCACCAUGGUAACCGAAGAUCCUUCAUCGAUGAGUGCUAGAGUAUCUACUCUUUUCUUGCCGUUGUACAGCGUCACUGGAACCAUCCUAAACAGAACUGCACAUUUCGACUGACGAUGACUAUUACACUGCACCUGAGUUCGCGAGUAUCCGUCUGGUCCACCAUGAAGAAGGGCAUUGUGGUUCUCCGGACAGCCAUCUACCUUGCAACAAACUCUUAUACGACAUGAUCGUUGUCCGUGGUCGUAAAGGCAGAGUGGACAGAGGUUCAACCGACUCACCGUUUUCCACCGCCCUGCAACACUCUGUUUUAGCAAUUCCUGGCAGUUCCUUCCGUAAUGCCCAGACUUUUGGCACACGGAACACUUCAACUCUCGGCGCUGGUGUUGGGGUGACGAAUUCUUCCCAGCUGACAUAAGAAUCCCAGACCGGCCGCUAUCUCCAUGUGAUCUAUUUCGCAUCUUACCGUUCUCCUUUGCAUCUGCCUUCUCGAAGGUUGCUUCCAACGCCUUCUCUACGAGACCUUCCAUGAAUGCACCGAAUGUUUCCAAGUCGACUGACUGUGCGCGUCGCUUGUAGUCCACCCUAGCGGUGUCAGAACAAUGAAACCAGCUUCUACUGCAAUGGGGGUAUAGUGUUCAGUAUAUGAAUUGCCACCAAUGACACCUGCUUCAUAGUCAAAGUGAUGCCUCUGUUGACUGACACUUUAGGGGCAUCGAGUGGUGCAGCAACACUUUUGAAGGUUGCACAUGUAAUUGUACCACUGAUGUGGUACUUCAACUCAGCCUCAAUAUAAUUGAGUUCCCAAUAGUUGAGUAAGGCAGCAAAUUUGAGGGAAUAAACAUGUUCACCUUUGUUGGCAUUGGUGAUCCUUUUAUCUUCCGGCACACUUUGGUUGAACAAUUCAACAGCAUCAAUGAGCAUGGCAUCAAGCUGAAUUUUGGUAUACAAAUGGUAUGACCGCAUAUUCCAAUGCUUGUCAGAAUCUUGGCCUGCUUUGAUUUGCCUUGUUGAUGGUGCAAUAUGAUAAAUGACCAGUUCCAUCAGGUUCAGUGCUUUGUUGUUGCUGUUGACAGUUGGCUUUUCGAAUAUGCUUGGUAAUAAUUUACCAACUUCAAUCAGUAGGUCCGAAAAAUCAAGUGAUGAUGCACCAGCCCUCUUGAAAACACUUGUGAAUUCAAAAUCGGUGAGCACCGACUACAAAUUACACAACUUACUAGUUUUUCAACGCCUGCAACUCCUCAAUGCCAAUCUACCUUCGGCGGGCGCUUAGCGAGGUCGGUAAUUGAACAGUAAUACACUAAAUGAAAACAUAUCUGCUUUCCGUGGUACAACAGUGGCGAACAAUUAGGUACAAUAAUCAGCACAAAACAUAAUUCGCAACAACAAAAACACAUCUAUCGCGAUGGAGUCUAUACUCUCCUCUUUCCAGGCCAGCUGCUGGGGUAAACAAAACAAAGUAGUGCGAAAGCGAUGGCCGUGUUCAGCUACCUUGAUUAUCGAUCCCCAGCAGCACCUUCGGUGUAGUUCUCUCGUAACUGGGAAUGUCGAUGUCUUCAAGGUGCUUAAACUCCUGGACCAACUUCGCUGAAUCCAGCUUCUGUGCAGGGAGGUUUAACCUGUGCACCGUAUGAGCUUCGAGCAGAUCGUAUCUACUCGACGAGUCUCUGGCAGAUAUCUCAAGCACCACUUUCUUCGACUGAUACUCCGUGCGCUGUACGCCGUUUGUCCAAGUCAUCUGCAGUGGUUCCACUGGUCCAUCGGCACCCAACGUUCUCACCAAUUCACUGUCCACCAUGGUAACCGAAGAUCCUUCAUCGAUGAGUGCUAGAGUAUCUACUCUUUUCUUGCCGUUGUACAGCGUCACUGGAAACAUCCUAAACAGAACUGCACAUUUCGACUGACGAUGACUAUUACAGCCAUCUACCUUGCAACGAACUCUUAUACGACAUGCUCGUUGUCCGUGGUCGUAAAGGCAGAGUGGACAGAGGUUCAACCGAGUCACCGUUUUCCACCGCUCUGCAACACUCUGUUUUAGCAAUUCCUGGCAGUUCCUUCCGUAAUGCCCAGACUUUUGGCACACGGAACACUUCAACUCUCGGCGCUGGUGUUGGGGUCACGAAUUCUUCCCAGCUGACAUAACAAUCCCAGACCGGCCGCUAUCUCCAUGUGAUCUAUUUCGCAUCUUACCGUUCUCCUUUGCAUCUGCCUUCUCGAAGGUUGCUUCCAACGCCUUCUCUACGAGACCUUCCAUGAAUGCACCGAAUGUUUCCAAGUCGACUGACUGUGCGCGUCGCUUGUAGUCCACCCACUCCAUGGCAUAGUACGACGGCAGCUUCUGAACUAGACUCUGCAUCAAAAUUGGGUUCUUCAAGUGGUCCACCAGCCCGGCCGCUUUGAGAUGCUGAGUAAACUCUUCGACGGCACUUCCGAACUCGAUCACCGACUCCACUGCGGGAUCGAGUGGAAAUGGUUUCAUACUAGGGAGAAUACAAGAAGUGUGAGUUUUUUGCUUUUUUAUCCUCAAGGGAAUUUUUUUUUAGGAUGAAAAAGCAAAAAACACAAACAUCCUGCAUUCUCCUCAGGAUGAAACCAUUUCCAUACGAUCCCGCAAGUUAUUUACCUACAGAAAUGAUAAGAACUAUAUUUUUGAUCCAGCGAAUUUCAGUGAUACACAAUUAAAUGUAUUUUUCCGUCCAUUUUCCCCCAUUGUGCGAUGGCAUAGUAUAGGUGCUAUAGCAAGCAGAAAAAAAUAAAAAAAGAUAAAAAAUAACUUACUUGAUGCACUUUUGCCUCACUGACGCUGAAAUACACAACAGAACGAAUGCAGUUGUAUACUCACAAUGUUUACGUUUAUGAGUGAGACACAGCAGACAGCCUUCUCUUCUCACAACUCACUUGCUCACUGUCUCUCAGUUUGUCUCUUGUCGCAAUGGAACUCACUCUCAGCUUUACCACUUGUCUCAAUCGUUCUCACUGUUUACAGCUGAUAUUUUCUCACACUUCUCUCUCGGAUACUCCGGAGAAUAUGAAAUGGCACAUAGAACCAGCAACAAUGUCCGUAAGAGAAUAAAAAGUUCUUCGAUCUAUAGUGAAAUAAAAUGGCCAAAACCAAUCAGAAAAACGUUCAAAAUGGCACUUUUCACAAUUUCAAUAUGAACUAUUCCUGCCGGUCAUCGCACCAUACAACGCGUGCAACACUAUUAAUCGUUCUUUCGAUCUUUUCAACCGUGACUCUAAUCUGUUCAAUGCGUUUUUAGCUCAACGAGAUGAAAACGCAUAGCAGAUGACAAGCACACAGUCUUUUCUCUGCUCAAGUUUUCUCGAGCUCACUACACUCUUCACAAAAACUCUGCAAUAGGUAGAAACUCGGUUUCUUCUAGAAAUUCCCUGCAACAGAAAAAUCCGUCUGAGAAUCACAUUUAUAUGUACAAUACUAUUUGUUUGUGUGUAAAAAAACCCGAACGAUUGAUGAUCGUAUGUCGAAAGGGUUCAGCCCAUUUACCGAGUACGUUACUCAUAUUAAUCGAAUCGCGGUACGCUACACUACAGAUACUCUAUCUCAUCUUCCACUGCUCUUCUACGAACUUUAAGAUUGAGGCUCUCUGACUCAUCUUUAGACCUUUGUUUUGGGUAGGUAAUUAACCCGGAUAUUGAAUCGAAUAAACAUGAUUAUAGACAAACAAUCCAGUGUGUGUUCUUCUUCAUGAAGUAGAAAUUUGUGAGAGCAUUUAUUAUAGAACAGAAAAGCUUAAUACAAAAUGUGCCGAAAAGCACAGUUGCCCACCAGGACCCAAAACCAUUGGCACUAUCUGAUAUUUCAUCCAUUUUGCUCUUGAAGUCAGACACACUCUUUGAGUUAAAGCUGUUCAUUAUACUUACUCCUGCAGGAAGGUCUGAGCCGGUUUGCAGAGUGUUUAUUAUUCUUGAUGAAAUAAUUUUGGUACUGAAUAAUCAUGUCUGACCUCCGUUAGCAAUUGAAUCGAGAGGCUCAAAAUUGUAAUUCAGAUCAUCGGGAGCAAUCGUUAUUGGUGUUCUAGCUGGGACAACACCUAUCUGUGUUUGCAUCACCCAUUGAUUGUGCAAUUUAUACAUAGGUCCAAAGUCAUUUGAGCAAUCAACUAUUGAUCCAAUUUUUACCAAUAUCCUACUCCGUGGUGACAUAUACUUUGUUAUGUUGUUGUGUGAAAUGACAAGCUUAUUGUAGCAAUGGUUUAGUUUUUUCUGCUCAAGCUCAACUAGAACAGGGCUACGCUUUGCAACAUAUGUAACUUCACCCCUGACGACUGCAGUAUAUCCGGGCUCAUGGAAGUAAGCAAAUACAUAUUGGAUUGGUGAUAUAUUCGCAAUAGCCAUAAUGUUGCUUGUAAUUCUAUUUUGGCUCAGACACCUAUCCUUCUCAAAUAGCCAAAAUAACUGGUUGACUUGAUUCUUUGUAUGCCUUAGGGAGUAAACAAUCUUCGAAUUUAUAUAGUUGACCAUGCUAACUGACUUAGGGUCAACAACUCUGAGCUCAGGAAAUGGAGGAGAAAUCUCAGUGGUCAUUGUAACAAAAAGUCUAAGGUAUUCUGUGUAAAAUGACUUGAAUCCACAAAUACUUGUCUUUUUUGAUUCAAGUUUGAUCUGAAAGUUAUCAUUUUGUCCUCCUGAUGCAACUGUCACUAAAUGAGCCAAACCCCUAUAAAGAACCGCUUGGUUUGCUACAUCGCUAAUGCACCUCGGAACUGGUAGUGUCCAGUACAACCAGCCAUAGUCGGCUUGCUCACAUGACUCACGAGCUAAUUCACAUCUAAUACCAUUAGGGAAUAUAACAACUUUCUCUUCGAAAUCCACAGUUGCCUUUACGGAUGAGAAGGUAAUUUUAUUUUGAGGCUUGUAUACUUCACUACACGUUCCCAAUGCUUUCCUCCGUAGUUCAGAUCUCCUCCUGGGUAACAACUCCCAUCUGCAGAGUAACCCCCAUAGCUUACAAAUGAUUCCUCAUACGAACCUACAUCUGGAAAUUGAAAUGUAGUAGAAGGUGCAAAAGGAACUCUAUAGGAUCGUUGGUGGACAAGCCUUUGUCAUUCUUCAUUCUCAAUCUUGACCACUUGUGAAUAGAAGCCUACCACACUAUCAUCUCCCAACCACUUGCCGCAUCUCGUUAAUACAUGAGAUGCUUGAACUGAGCAGCGAUAAACUAGAAGGUCUUCCUGGCUUGAUGUUUGAGUUAUUAUAACUUGGAUAUCUUGCACCGAAGGAGAGGUGUUGUUGCGCACACAACUUGGUAUAUCAAUUAAGGAUAUUGUUGUCUUGUUUACUUGCUCGCCUUCACAAUCAUAUGCAACAAUUGCAGUGGUCCUAGAUACGAACAACAUGGUUAACAGUAUUUUAAACAUGGUAUACAGGGGAGACAUCUUCUAAACUUUGUAUGUAAAUAUAUAAGCUGGUUACAACCUUAACAAUCGAUGUGAAUGUUAACUGUUUUAGCUUCCUUCAGAUUCUCCGGAUCUCAUAGCCAGCCGUAAUCUAUAAUUAGAGUGUAUCAUAGCCACGGCUGUUCGUUGCCCGCUCGGUUGUUUUACCGAGGAUUCACCUCGCUUUCCUGCACAAUCAACCUGCACGAGUUACCAGUUAAGAAUUUCCUUCCACUGAUUUGGAAAAAAAUCUUUUAGGAGCUUUAACUCCGUAUUUAUUCACUGAUCACUUAAGACUAAUUACAUUUUUAUUCUUAUGCUACCAAGAAGGUUCUCUAUCUGAUGAAUACGUAGUAUGUUUAUGUUUACGCUCCGGUGCUGGCUGUUGUAGGGUGGUCACAAGCUCUCGUUGGGAUGUGAUGAUAUCAGCAACUGAUUAUGAUUGUUUAUCCGGUGCAUCCGGCGGUUCGGCGUGAGAAGUAAACACUUCGAUCGUUCGAUGGAUUGGCGUGUGAAUAUGCUGAGCUUGUAAAUCGCGUCGUCCGUUUAAUAACUGCGUCGUCCGUUUCUAACUCCUCCCCUCUUAAGUGACUUUGUCCUCAAAGUUCACAUGUAGAUGGUUCGUAACGGUAUCGGGGCAUCCGAAAAUGUUUGUAGUUCUUUCUUUUUUGCAGUUGAUAAUUCUUCUGCUAUCAAUUGAUAAUGAUGAUGGUUCUGGGUCUUUAAUAACGAUGGUUUCAAUAUUUUUGUCGAACUUUACUGCGACGGUUUUUGUACUCUUGCUUCUGGAAAUGUAGUAAAGAAUUGAAAUUAUGCUGAUGAUAAUAUAGAAAAUCCAGAUAUUCCGAAGAGAUUGAAUUUCCAAUUAAGGGAAUUGUUUUGUAGCUUCAAAUGUUCCAAUGCAUUUCGAUGUUUCAAUGUCAGGUUUUGUAGAUAUUCUGCUGGUGGAUCAUCUCUGGUAAGAGUUUCAUUUACUAGUAGUCCUGUAGUUGGAUAAUAAGGUCUUCCAGGUAUGGUGAUCUCAUGAUUAACAUACGGUUCUCCGUUGAUGUGUAAAUCACAUUGUUUGAAUUGAAUUAUAAAUGAUCCGUUGAGUAGUUGACUUGAAUUGGUGCAAUUUGUUGAUACACUUGCUAUGGCGUCAUUAAUUAGAAUUGUUCCUUGGUUUAUCCUUUUUAUUAGUCCUUUAGAAUAAACCUUCUUUCUCCAUCAAGCUGCGCCCAUAAAAGUUUGGUGUUUUGCAAAAUAGUCCACCAGCCGCGUAACAAUGUUAAUUGCAAUGCGAUUGUCACUGUUGCCACAAUAUAUGCUUUCGCUGGCAUAACCUCCCGAUUUCCAUCAACUUCUUGAGCACAGAGGUUUUUUUUUGUCUUACUUUUCCGUGGUCAGUCCAUUCAGCUUGAACAACUUAUCAGCCCGCUUCACAACUUCAUUAUUUAAUCUUCGCUGAAUCUCAGCCCACAGGCUUAAAACGAGUUGCAAGAUCACUCCCGCCGACGAAAACCACAAAAUUGUCACUAUUGUAUCCAGUCUCGCAGAGUGCUCAGUUUGCGUAUUCACUAUCUCGAUAUGGUUAUCACCGUUGUGCUGGACUUAAGCUUUGGAUUCUUCAGAACCCAUUUUUUUUUAAUAUCGAAUUUUCAGCACUUAGAAAACUGAGUGUCUUCACUCUUUUUUUGAAAUUUUUGAACACUUGCCACUUUUUGGAACUUUGUUCACUUUAAACUGGCCGAACAUUGCAUGUUCUAUUGUCAGUUCGCCAUGAAACGGUCGGGAGUUUCUCUUUCAGAAGAAACACUUCUUCACUCGUCUAGAGUACAACUUCAAUUCUAUUUCUUCAUCAGUUUUCAUUACAUUCAAACUUAACUCUACAUUGAAAAUCUUAACUCUAUACAACAUUUAUUCUAUGGGAGGAGCUUGGACUCACUUUUGUAAAGACGAUAGCCAAUCGUCAUUGAAUAGUCUAUUUGUUCAACAUGUGUUGUGGAAUCGGACCACCAAUACGCGCGACAUGUAUCUUUUCUGCACGGGUGGCAUUUUGCUGGUUUUGCUUUUAUUUUGAAGUGGUAAAGUCCAUAUUAUGGUUUGGAAGAAAUAACAUGUUUAUGCAAACAUGUGAAUGCAAUAAAUUUGAAAUGAGGUCUGUUGUGAAAUUUGGCUGAGCAUGCACUUGCGAGUGUUGGCCACUCACAAGUGUCUUAUUGUAAUUUAUGACUUGAGAUAUGAAAUGAACUGUAAAUGAUUAUUUUGGAAUAGUACAGAGGUUGAGGUAUUUCAUUUCGUGGCCCAAAUGUUUCUUCGUAAUUUUUUGGUCUUGCCAAACUUUUACGGAAUUCCAUGUUUUGGAAUGUUAUACAGUAUGCAUAUGCUGUUGGUAAUGAAUCAACAUUAUCAUUCUUUAGGAAUUUUCCAACUUCUCCAUCUAAACCUCUGAUGAAAGCAUCAACGGCUUUUCGAUUAUAUAAUGAUAAUAUAGAUUUUGCAGCUUCUGGAUGAGCAAACUGAUCAUCUGUAGCUACACAAUUUGAGAUUAAUGAGAGAAUCUUGUUAAUUUCAUUAUAAAAUUCUUCCAUCGAUCUUCCUUUCUGGCAACUAUAAGAAAGCUGGUAAUCUAAUGUUCCUAAAUCUCUCUUCUCUCCGUAAUAUGUCACCAAUGUUCUCUUGAUCAGGUUCCAAUUCAUGUUCACAUUAGAUGAUACUAAAGCAUCGUUUGCUUCACCUCUGAUUUUUCGCCUGAUUGUUUUACAUAUUACAUGAAACGAGAUCCGGAUUUUUUUCUAUGGAAUCUGGAUUUACAGGUAUGCCAUUAACAUCUGUCAAAUACAAUGGUGGAUCUGAAAUGUCUGUUUCAGCUGAGGGUGCAGAAGCAACCUCCAGAGCCGAAAUACGAUUCAAAAUUUCUGCCAACUGGUUUUGAUCCAUGUUGAUAUUAAUUCUUGAAAAUUGUGCAAUUAAGGCUUCAAUUUUUUACAAAAUUCUUAUAAAAAAAAAUUCACAAAUAUUUCAGCUCUUCACUUUACACUUGAAGAAUUCACUUUCAUUUACACUUCACUUUCACUUUGAUUGAUUUAUACUUAUUAUACUUUUCUUACAGAACUACUUCAAAACGCGAAACUUAAAUGCUAGUUUUGAAAUUCACUUGACUUAAUUGAAACAAAUUUCACUUUAUAAUUUCUUUUAUAUUUUUCACUUUCUGUGAUAUAUUUUGUUCUUUCUGUGUCAAUACUUACAAAUAAAUUCCAAACAUCAUACGGGAAUGCCGUACAAUUGCGGGAUUUGUAGCCUCAACUCCUUGAGCCUCUGACGGAAAGAAUGAUGAAGGGCGGGAUCGCGUGCUUGGUGAUUGAAUCCUAUUAACUCCCUUUGGUGUUACCAGCAACUGCCGGGUGCAUCGAGACAAGCUGGUUUGGAACCGGAUGCGCCUUCCAAUUGAUACCGGUGUGGCGGCAAGUUCCUUUCUCUCCGCACGAAUCCUCUAACGGUCGUGGUUACUCAGGGGCCAACUCCACACGGCUGCUAUGUAGCGGUCACAAUUGGCUUCAGAUAAUCUCGGAUGAAGAUUAUCAAGAUGUCACGAACUCUAACGUGGUGCACUUCUUGACUUGUCUCUUCCGAACUUUUCCUAAUUGCGCUUAACCGGUCCCUAUUUCGGGCGCCAGUUAAGAAUUUCCUUCAACUGAUUUGAAAAAAAAAUCUUUUGGGAGCUUUAACUCCGUAUUUAUUCACUGAUCACUUAAGACUAAUUACAUUUUUAUUCUUAUGCUACCAAAAAGGUUCUCUAUCUGAUGAAUACGUAGUAUGUUUAUGUUUACGCUCCGGUGCUGGCUGUUGUAGGGUGGUCACAAGCUCUCGUUGGGAUGUGAUGAUAUCAGCAACUGAUUAUGAUUGUUUAUCCGGUGCAUCCGGCGGUUCAGCGUGAGAAGUAAACACUUCGAUCGUUCGAUGGAUUGGCGUGUGAAUAUGCUGAGCUUGUAAAUUGCGUCGUCCGUUUAAUAACUGCGUCGUCCGUUUCUAACUUACCGCAACGAUGUAAUAUGGGGGCCUUUUCCACCGAUUAAAUCGCCUUUCGAUUUCUCAGGCAUGCAGCUCCGAUCCCUCAGGUUCCUCUUUCACGAGUAAAGGAGUCUACACACACAACCAUGCUCAUCCCGUACGGGACGGAAUCGACGGCGGUAAGAGAGAGAACCAACUAGUAGGGUAAGGUGGGGUACGAUGGGUCUUAGUCUGUAUCUUGGGGUCAAUAUGACUCCAGGCAAUUUUUGCAAUCUUGAUUAUUGAUCAAUCAUUUUCUCUGACAUUGUUGUAUGCUUAAACCUUAAGAAUUCCAUAAGACAUGACUUAUGAACCUGGACAAUUUUGAUUUCAUAAGAUACUUAUGAAUUCCAUAGGCAUGAGUUAUGUAUUUCAUAAGCACGACUUAGGAAUGAUUAUCGUAAUAUAUGGGGUACUACGAGUGAUUCUUAUACACCUUUAACCAAUUCUAUUUCCCAAGCAUUGAUAUACGUGGGAACAAAUCACGGAGUCAAUAAUCUGAACGCUUAGGAUUCGAUUCCGGUCUGCUACAUUUUACAUUACUGCUUUUAAAUUGGAUAAGCUAACCUAUGAAUUUUGUUUCAUAAGCCAAACUUUCCAUAAGAAAUCCUUUUGUUAAAAUUUCAUUAGUUGUUCUUAUGGAAUUCUAACGUUCCUUAACCAUCAUCUGAAAGGGCUUCGUUUUCUGAGCACAACAGUAUUUUUUUCAAUCAAUCAAAAUAUCCACUUCAUUGUUUGACGCAAAACUAACAAAUUGACAGCUCGCUCCCAUACAAAAUAACACUGAGGGGCGCGAAGAUGGUGAUCGCACUUAUUUAAAAUAGUUCCAGUGCUCCAAAACAGAUGCAAUUUUGAAUUUCGGUUCCAUUUGAUAUGCAGAUUACGAAUAUGCAAUUACUUCAAUACCCCUCCUAAAGAACCCCUAUUGCGACUCCUCGGUCCUCGUUUACCUCUUUCGAAAGUGAAGUUAUACAAAUUCCACAUAAAGAACAUAACGUGCCUUGAGAACCGCUUACAUCAGCAUCACCAUCAAUUCAUGUUCUAUUUGGUAGGACUAACUUCGUCUGUGCUUCACCCUCGCUUCGGGACGCUUUCUACGGAUGAUCUCUUCUUCCUCUUUGGUGUGUGACCAAAUUUCUGUUGAUAUCGGCUUCUGAUGACAACGAAGAUGCAGCUCGGCAUUCGAAGUCCAGUGUAUAAGUCGUUACCGUUCGGUCAGUUCGUAGUCUUCCAUUGUUUGUUUCUGUAACGGUUAUU